AUGUUAAUGGACGAAAUGCGUCUCGAGGCCAAAGUGAAAGCGUUACCGGGACCCAAGUGUACAGCCACUAGCCAACUAAAGACAACACCUCGAAUUGUUCAAGUGAAAGCAAAUCACAGAUAUUGUCAACCAACAAAAAGUUCAACUUUAACUUUAUCAUCAUUAACAGCAACAACGACAACAACAACAGCAACAACAAUAACUAUAGAUACAUACACAUGCUCGUCGAGCAGCAACAGCAGCAGCAGCAGCAGCAAUACCAGCCACAGCACAAGCACACUUGCUCUAGGUACGACAAGCUAUACUGAAACGCCUCGUUGCCUACACCUGCAUUUGCAUUUAAUUAUUGUGAUUAUCUUGGCCUGUUGUACACGUUGGCUUGAUUGUUUACCCGAUGGACGUGCCACAUGUCGUUCGGUACCCGGCCUAACCAAAGAUCAACUUGAAUUGUGUUACAAAGCCAGUGAUGUAACAGCAGCCGCUUUAGAAGGUUUAGAUUUAGCCAUAAAAGAAUGUCAAGCCCAGUUUCAAUGGCAUCGUUGGAAUUGUUCAUCAUUGAAUACCAAAAGUCGUAAUCCUCAUGCUUCCAAUUUGUUAAAAAAAGGCUAUCGGGAAAGUGCAUUCGCUUUUGCUAUAUCGGCGGCUGGCGUAGCUCAUAGUGUAGCACGCGCUUGCAGCCAAGGACGUUUGAUGUCAUGCGGUUGUGAUCCUUCGGUAAAUCGAAAGACUCUUAACAAGAAUUUGCGUCAAAGUCUCGAUAAAGAGAAGAAACUCUUUUUACAAUAUUUGGAAACGAAUCAAAUACUCACACCCGAGGAAGAGAAGAAAUAUGAACGCUCUAAAAUAGCGAGUAGAUGGAAAUGGGGCGGCUGUUCACAUAAUAUGGAUUUCGGUGUCGAAUUUUCAAAAUUAUUUUUAGAUUGUCGCGAAAAGGCCGGCGAUAUACAAUCAAAAAUCAAUCUUCAUAAUAAUCAUGCCGGCAGAAUGUCCGUUUCAAAUAAUAUGGAAUUUCGUUGUAAAUGCCAUGGUAUGUCUGGUAGCUGCCAAUUAAAAACUUGUUGGAAAUCUGCUCCCGAUUUUCAUGUAGUAGGUAAAGUUUUAAAACAUCAAUUUCGUCGAGCUCUGCUUGUAGAUCAAUCGAAUCUAGGGAACGGUGAACCGAUAGUUGUAUUAAAACGUUCACGUAAUAAAAAAUCAAAUAAUGGUGCUACCAAUACGGAGAGAUCGAACGAAAGACAUGAAAGGCCUACAAAUCGAAAAUCGAAUACCGAUAAAUAUGCUCAACGUCAAGCACGCAAAUUGGAAACAUCACUCUUCUAUUAUCAGAGAUCACCGAAUUUCUGCGAAAAAGAUCCUUCAGCUGAUAUAUUAGGUACUGUGGGCCGCAAAUGCAAUCGUAAUAGCACUUUAAGUGAUGGCUGCAAUUCGUUAUGCUGCGGGCGGGGCUAUAGUCAAGUGAAGGAACGUCGCGCUGAACGGUGUAAUUGUAAAUUCCAAUGGUGCUGCAAUGUUGAAUGCGAAGAAUGCCAUGUCGAAGAGUGGAUUAGUGUAUGCAAUUAAUACUAUGCUUAUGCUUAAUAAGAUUUUUCUUUUCUUCUUUUUUUUUUCUUUUUUUUACAAGCACCUACCAAACGGACAGUAUUACAAAUUAAAUGCAUAAUGAAAAACACAAAAUCAUUUAUAUAUUUUUU